AUGAAAAAACAAGACAAAACACAAAAACCAGAAAAACUUACACCUGAACAGAUAUGGAAAAAUGCAUCAAUGAUUCUAGGCUCUAAAAAAGAAAAUACAAACGGCAAAAAUUCCCGACCGGUUGAUUUCUCAGAUAUAAAUUCAAGAUUAAACGAUAUUUCGACAAAACGUGUAGAAGAGUUUAACACACGUUUUAAUGAUUUGCAAAAGUCUAAGGAAUAUUUUUUCGAAACAGAAUUAAAAAAUUCGCUAUUUCAUAUUCCAGAUUUUAGCGCACUGGAGCCGGUAAAAGCAACUAAAAUAUGUGAGGUGCCUGCAUAUUUUCCUAAACUGCCACUUAAUAUUUUUGACAGUCCAGAUGUAUAUAAAAAUUUAGAAAUUGAUACACUAUUUUUCAUAUUUUACAAAAAUCCUAAUACUGUUCACCAAUACCACGCAGCGACUCAAUUAAAAUUAUGCAGCUGGCGAUUUCAUACAAAGUAUUUGACAUGGUUUCAAAGACUAGAAGAACCAAAAUUAAUAACAACCGAUUAUGAAAGAGGAGAUUUCUUAUUUUUUGACUAUGAUGAAACAUGGAGUUAUAUGAAGAAAACGGAUUUUACAUUUGAGUACAAAUAUUUGGAGUGCACGGAACUAUAA